AUGUGUGCCAAAUUGUCUAGGUCCAAUUCUUCAAAUGCUCACAUUCAAUGGAGAACUCCCUCACCAAGUAGAAAAUUAAUGAAUGGAAGAUUUAGGCAAUUUUUAAGUUUUCAACAUGAUGAUUCUUGGGUUGACUCUCCACUCUCUCCAAUGAGUUGUGAUAGUAAUAGCAGUAGUAGUAAUUCCUUAUCUUCCCCCUCAUCUUCCUCAAAGGUUCCCUUUUCACCCUCAUCAGCAUCUGACUCUGCUGCCUCAACAACCAAUAAUUCUCACCAUGCAGUCUCACCUCACUAUUCCCUUAUCAAUCGGCAGCACAAAAGUUGUACUGAUAUUCAUCUCUAUCCACCAAUGCUUACCAUUCCUCUCCACUUGGAUGAAUCCUCAAGUUACGAUCAAAUUAGUUCCUGUAGUAGUGUUCCAGAAAGCACAAACCAAACAAGUCACGACCCACAACAAUACAAGAAUCAAAAAUUGCCUCAACUCCCACCACCUCAUCUCCAACUCUCCAACAAUACCUCUCGAUCACCAACUAUAACAGUCACCACCAACACUACUAACCAAUCGAUUUCAUCUAACGACAACUCUUCAUCACUAAGCGACACCACUUCCACAACCGUCAGCAGUGCGACGACAUCAACUUGUAUUAAUAAUCAACCAUUAAAAAUGCCUCAAAGUAGCCCCUCACCAAACCUGCAGGUUUCUCCAUUGUCCUCUCCAUCGAAUUCUGUUGCUGCUGAUCAUGGCUAUCUUGGAUAUAGUGGGAAGGCCUACAUUUUAGUGGAGAAGAAAUCUGUAAAUACUAACGAAGGAAUGCAUAUGGUAAAGUGUAGUUUACGGUUGAAGGAAGGAAAGAGUUUGUUGAUUAAAAAACAAUCGGAACAUACUUUAACAUUUAAAAUUACACCAUUUACAUGUGCUAAAUAUACACCUAUAUCGAGUGGAUCUAAUCAAUCAGUGAAUUCUAGAGUGCUGGUCACAGUUGCAGAGCUUUCUUCUAGUUCAUUGGGCGAUAAAUCAAAUAAUACUGUUGUUGGAAAUAAUUCAACAAUAUCGAGUCAACCAACAUCUGCCAAACAAGCAAAACAAUCCUACUUUGUACCAGAGUUACAAUUUAUUUUCGGAUCUUUAGAGUAA